AUGCAGGAAGAGUCUAGGAAAGACUCAGAGAUAUCGAAGAUCACCAAAUUGCUCAGACAAGGAUCAUGGCCAGCGAAGCCUGAAGAGAACAUGCGUGAUUGGAAAGCUCUACGACAUGCACUGUCUACGCAAGACGGAUGCCUGUAUUUUGGUCACAGAUUAAUUUCUGAAGUGUUAUCGAAGAACGCCGUGCACGUCAACUCCUGGACAGCUUUCACCAGCAGAAUUGUUUCUCGGACGUCAGAUAAGACUACCUUGACGUUACUGAAGGAAACAACCGAAGGUGAAAAAGGACCAAGAAAUGCAAAAAUGGAAAAGCAAUUCAACCGUCACCACGGAGCACGAAAAAGAUCGUACAAGAUUGGAGAACCAGUUUGGAUUCGAGACUAUCGUCCUGGACACAAGCGAUGGAUCCUGGCACACGUGAAGAGUCGUUUGGACGAGUUCUGUACGACGUUCUGA